GUUUUAAAUUUUGGCACGCCUUAGUCGCCUCUCCAUUGAUUCGAUCAAAGUUCUGUACAAAGCAAACCAAUUUAGGAUCCUUGAGCCAAGGUUUGAUCUAAUGGUUAAAGCCUUCAAGGGUUUAGAAUUGGAUCAAAUUGUUCUUAACAAAAUUUAGAUAUUUUUAGAAUUGGGAACAAAUUGUUCUCAAAUUUCAACAAAAGCAAGCAAAAGGCUGAAACACGAGAGGGAAAGAGGAAAACCCAGAAGAGAAUGAGUUUCCUGGCGGGGAGAUUAGCAAGCACAGAAGGUUCUUACUUCUUACAAGAAUCCAAAAAUGCCACUGGACGUCUCGCCCAGAAGAUUAAGCAAAACAAUAAGCUUCCUUCUUCCUCAUCCAAUUCUUCUUCUUUGAUUGUUGGCGAGGAAGCUCAAGCAGACGUUCUCCCUGAGGUUCUGAGACAUUCGUUGCCUUUGAAGCUUUUCGAACAACCCUCUUCCUCUGAAUCUUCUCUCUACACCGCUUCUAAAUGGGCUCUUCGUGCCGAUCCCAGUAAGGCGUCUUCUGUCUCUGCCGAUGCCCUCAACCCUCUUCGCGCUUACGUUUCCCUCCCUCAGGUCACCUUUGGCCCCAAAAGAUGGGAGUUGCCUAACACAGAACACUCCAAUUUAGCCUCGACAGCCAAUAGGUUACGUCAUGACGGGUAUACACAUGUUAGCCCUGAGAAGUUGAAGGCUGCAGCUGAAGGGCUCUCACGAAUUGGAAAGGCUUUUUUCGUUGCCACUGUACUUGUCUUUGGUGGUUCCACCUUAACAUUUGCACUGAUAGCCUCCAAGCUAGAGCUGCAUAAUGGUGAUGACAUCAAAACCAAAGGCAAAGACAUCCUCCAGCCCAAAUUUGAGGUGGUUAAGGAGCAAUUGAGGCCAUUCAAAGUUUGGGCCGAAAAUGUGUCAAAGAAAUGGCAUGUCAAAAGAGAGGAAGAAAUCAAAGAGAAGCCUAUAAUUAAAGAGCUUUCUAGGAGAUUAGGUCCAAGGACAUCCAGCUGAUUCAUGCAUAAAUUUCCCAUUUUGUUUAACCAUCCGUAUAUCACUUCUCAUGGCUAUAUUUUGUAGGUUUUCGUAGGGAAUAUUUGUAAAAUAUGUCAAUAAAUUAUCAACUUGGUUCUUAUCCUUGGCAUGUAUAUGUGGAUUUGUGUCUGUAUUUCUAUAUAUAUAUAUAUAUAUAUUUAUUUAUUUAUUUA